UGAACAUCUGUCAAUCGAAUAUUCAAUGUAAAAACUACUAGGCCUAGGCUAUCCGAAUCCGAGAUGGGAGAAAGACUUCAACAAUUUGGUACCGUUAUGGUAGACCCGAGGAGACGUUCUAUUUUAGUGAUUGUGUGUGCGACACUUGUGUUAGACAAUAUGCUCUUCACGGUGGUGUUGCCAAUUAUUCCAGAGUACCUGGCUCUGGACAGUGAGGAAUACGUUUACGAACGCCUGCAUGAAAAUUCAUCCAGUAUAUUCAACCGAACUAAUAGAGACGUUAAAAUUGAACUACUGUUCGCAUCAAAAGCUAUCCUGCAGCUGCUUGUCAGCCCCUUGUCCGGAACUUUCAUGGACAGGAUGGGAUAUGGCAUUCCACUUUUAAUCGGAAUCACGGUCAUGUUUCUGUCCACGGUAAUAUUCGCGUUUGCUGAGAACUACGGAACACUCUUUGCAGCACGAAGCCUCCAAGGACUUGGCUCUGCGUUCGCCGAUGUUUCUGGGAUUGCUAUGAUUGCGAACAAGUAUACCGAGAAGUUGGAGAGAAGUCGGGCGCUGGGCAUCGCCCUAGUGUGCAUCUCCUUCGGAAGACUAGUCGCGCCACCCUUCGGCGGCGCCCUGUACCACUUUGCGGGCAAACUGGUCCUCUUCGUAGUUUUUGCGUGCGUCUGCUUGACCGUCGGCUUCCUAGUUUUAGGUGUGAUAAAGCCAUUUUCGAUCAGGAAUAGAGACAACACGCCCGAGGGCACUCCCAUCUACCUGUUGAUGUUUGACGCGCGCAUAGCGGUGGUGGCGGGUGCCCUGGUGGCUUGCAACAUCUCCUUCGCCUUUCUGGACCCCACCAUAGCCGAGUGGAUGAGAGACACCAUGCCAGUCACCGAGGCAGAGAUAGGGAUGACUUGGCUGCCUGGUUUCUUCCCGUACGUCCUUGGAGUGUUCGUGACUUUCCAGUUGGCAGCCAAGUACCCCAACUUGCAGUGGUUAUUUGGCGCGCUUGGCAUGGUCAUUAUUGGCUCGAGUUCAUGCGUGGUGCCAUAUUGCAAAACCUUUGGCCAACUGGUUGUGCCCUUGUGCUGCAUGUGUCUCGGCAUCGCACUGGUGUACACCGUGCUCUUGCCCACUCUAGCCUUCCUCGUCGAUGCGAGACACGUCUCUGUGUAUGGCAGCGUCUACGCCAUCGCUGAUAUGUCAUGCUCCAUAGCGUACGCGAUGGGCCCCAUCGUAGCUGGUCAAAUAGCGCAAAACUUUGGCUUCGCUCAGCCGAAUUUGGCUAUGGGUCUGGUGACCGUCGUUAACGCACCCGUGUUGUUAAUUCUGUGUUGUGCGCGCCAAUAAGAUGGCACACAGAUGGUGACCAAAUGAUGUUUGUAAAUACUGAAACGAAUGUAUAGUCUGUCAUUAGUAUUUUAUGCUUUUCUUUUUCUUUUGUCUACAUCCUCAUAAUAACAAAUAAGUACUGUAUAGCCAGUUGUAUUAUUUUAAUGCCCUAU